AUGGCGAAAUCAGAGAAUGUUCUUCCUGCAAGAUUUAAAAUCACCAUCGGUAUUCUGGUGCUAAUAAUUGUAGGUCUUGUUGCUGCUCUUGUUGUAGUGUCGGUUAACAAGUCAGACGAUAGAGGCAACUUACGCAAUUCUGAAUUUUCAUCUUGCCCGCAGAAGACUACCUUAAAGCCACAGUACAUGAAAUCUCGGGAUCUGUAUCGAGAUUUAUCUGAAGAUGAACUUAUUCACGUGCGUGACUACAUCUUGAACGUUGCUUCGCUGAACGUCACUCCUUUUGAAAAAGCCACGAUCAAUUCAAACUACAUUUUCUUGAUUGAACUACAGAAUCCUAACAAAGACGACGCCAUUGCAUACCUUGACGGCAACGGAACAAAACCAACUCGGGCUGCAAAUGUUGUCAUAUUCAAAGGAGCUGUAUCCCCACGAGUUGUUGAGGAAAUAUUAGUUUACUUUGAUAAACCAAUAAGACACGAGCCCUACACUCUUCUUACUAAUCGUACAAUCCCAUUUCAUGCUCGCCCAAUCAACAAACAUAAUUUAGCUAUUCGCGCUGAAAUCAUUAAUGACUUUGGUACGAAAGCGCAUCAUAUUUUGGACAAAUUAUUUGGAGGUUAUGUUAUUGCCAACUGUACAGAUCGAUGUCUGACAUACAUUUCCCUUCCACCGAGAGCACUAAUCCCUAACUCAAAGGAGUUGAUAUCUUUUACCUGCUUCUUGAGAGGUGUACCUGGGAUGAUAUUACAACCAGUUGGUUUAGAGCUGUUGAUACAAGGUGAAGGAAAUGAUGGAAGCAAGUGGAAAACAAGGGUAAGGAAAUAA